UGUCUCUAUUUCUCUUGUCUCCACCUCUGUCUAUUUCUCCAUACUCUGACUUUUAUCAGUUUUCUUUUUUUUCCAUUUGAUAAAUUAUUAUCGAUUUCUACAAAAAAAUGGGUGGACCUCGAUUUAAAGACAAGGUAUUUUUAAAAUGUGCAAUAUGUCAAGAAAGUGCAGAAGGAUUUCACUUUGGAGCAGAAGCUUGCAGAGCCUGCGCCGCUUUCUUCCGUCGAACUGUUUCAAACAGGAAAACAUAUUCCUGCCAGGGAAAUAAUGAUUGUGAUGUUACAAUUAAUAUCCGAUGUAUGUGCCGAGCAUGUCGUUACAUCAAAUGCAUCGAAGUUGGAAUGAACCCUGCCGGAGUUCAACAAAGACUGCCACCAUCCAAAACUUUGGUUGAAGUAUCAAUGGAUCUUCCGACAGUCUCUAAUCCUUCUAUUCUAAGUUUUCCAAGUCCUCCAUCUUCUCUCAUGCUACACAUACCCUCAUCUUAUUCAAAUCAAAUGCCGAUUCUUGACAAAAUGAGAAAAAGCUACGAGACAUUGUGCAAUGCUCGAAAGACACUCCACAGGAAAGACGGAGCAAAUAUAUUCCAAGAUAAUGUUCCUAAACCUGUAACUUAUAAAAAAGCAAUUGAUCAAGGCAUGAAAGAUGUUAAAUUAACUUCUGAUUGGGUUUCCUGGUGCUUUGAGGAUUUCAAAAAUCUUUCAAUUGAUCAAAAAAAAAUCCUGUUUCACAAUGCCUAUACUCCAUAUUUCAUGAUGGAAGGUGGGUUCUUGAGCCAUAUCAGGAAUACACCAGAGCAUCUUGUAAUGCCAUCCGGGGACUAUAUAGAUACACUGGAUUUGAACUCAUUCUACAAUUGUUCAGAGUCGGAUAGGCAAAUUUCAAGUAAAGAAAUUGACAGAUUAUUCAAACCUUCAAACGAUCGUUUCAUCAAAUCUGUCACACUUCCAAUGAUGUCUCUUCAACUCGACAUUUUUGAAUUUUUCGUUCUAUUCACACUGCUGCUCUGGGAUACUGGACUCAUUGAAAUUAGCGAAGAAUGCAUUGAAAUUGGAACUAAAGUUAAAACUCAAGUAUUGAAAGAACUCGAUUUUUAUAUGAGGAAUGUGAAGAAAGUCGAAGAGCCUCUUGUCAGAACAGCCAAUAUUGUCAAUCUUCUCCCAGCUGUUCAAAAAGGUGUCCGGAGAAUUCAGGACGAUUUGGAAGUGACAAAAGUUUUUGAUCUCUAUACGGCUUCUGAUGAAUUUUAUAAUUUAAUGAGUGGAAGGUUUUGAAUGCUUCAUGUUUGAAAAAUCAUGUUAAUAAAGUAUUGAUAUAAAAACA